AUGCCAGCGAUAUCACGGGAAAAUGCGAGGAUAUGGGUCCUGUUUGUCGUGUUUUUCCUCACACUUCUCUCGCGAAAUGAUGGCACGGCUCUGAUCGCAGGUCCUUUUACCGGGACCUCCAGGCUUGCCCGCCAAAGGGAGGCACAAGCCGUACUGAACAGCACUAGCUGGGGCGAUUUCUCGCCGCAUGCUAUCAAGGAAGGCGCGCCUCCGGGCGACGCACCGCGGUAUCUGAACCUGACGGGCUUUCGGGAACAUGAUAGCUAUGCUUGGAAUGAUUUGGACUACUUCAAGGACCGAUGCCGACAGUGGAGCCAGCACGCCUACCCGUCGAAGGAAGGAUCCGGCGAUUGGGACCACGGUCCGGUUACGAGGAUAUGGCAGAAUGCCACGGGGACCGUGCACGGGAAAUGGGUGCGCCGACAGGGCUCGGUUGUGAAGCACGCGAGCGACUACAAUCUGACAGCCAUUGCCCCCCAUGCUGACUGGCCGGAGGGCCAUGUCGAAUGGGGUUGGAACGUCACCGGCUCUUACGGCACCGUGUUGCUGCGGCUGCAGGAAGACGCCGCAGACGGCGUGUAUGAGGAGAAGGCCGGCGAGGGCAAGCAACUAGGAUCGGCGGGUCUGGCAAGGGAGAUUUCAGCUGUGGCCAAUAUCCAGGACGAGGCGACCUCAGCCUCCAGCUUCGCCAUUCGACUCCAUGGUGUGCAUUGGCCGAGACAGGGCUCUAUUCUCCUGUCAACGACAAGUGACAAAUUUGCGGGCAUCUUCGGGCUGCCCCAUCUCGCACCCGGUCCCGACUUCUUCCAAACAGGCCAAAAGCUUCUGAAUCACACGGUGGACCAAGUGCUCCGGACGAAGGAGAGAAACAGGUUCUCGGACCCCAGCAACCCGUGGACUCCUGUCGUUGAGGACGACGUUUCAGUGCUACUUCCGCGGUGCGAGUACAUCAUGUACCUGCAGCUACACCCAAUUCAUCCCUUCCUUAUUGUUGACGACCGAAGCAACCCUGAAUAUGUUUUCCUAGCCGACCAGUUGGAAAAUGAGCUGCGAUUCCCUACCGGAGCACCCAAUAACGGGAUACCAGACCUUCGCAUGUCUCUUGUCGCCUGGUCUCCGGACUGCUCCUAUUAUCUCGAGUCCAAGGGACCUCCCCUCUUCCCUUCUGCUGAAGGCCAACAUCUCGUUGGCGUGAAGGCUGAGGUGUUGCUCUUUCGAACAAAAUCGUGGAUGUUUGGGUUUGCUGCUGUCAUGAUGGGGCAGUUAUGGCUCUUGAAGACGCAGAUGAAGGAGUCGAACACGCCCUCUACCUUGGGACGUAUCAGUUUCCAAACCGCAGCCAUGAUGCUUCUGGCUGACGGUCUGGUCUUUGCGUGCUCAUCAGCCUGGAGUCUCUCUGCGACCAACACGUUCCUCCCAUCCCUUAUCCUCACUUUUGCCGCGUUCAUGUCCAUGUCAAUUGGUUCAGGAUUCUUGGCUGAGAUUUAUAAAAACCAAGAGCCGGAGAGGAGAAACCGUGAACGCGAACGCGAGCAGAACCGAGGAACCAACGAACCCGCCGCUCAGAGAGCAUCCCCCGCUCCGGCUUCCGCCAUCCCGCUUGCACCCGGGUCUCUCCCACUACCUGUCACCGCAGGCCCACCGCAGGCUCCCUCUCCCCCAAUCAUUAUCCCCUCUGACCAAGACAUUGACGCCGAGAUUGCCGAAAACACGGCGUCCGGCGCCGCUGUCUUGCCAACCACCACCCAGACCGCCACAACCGCUAGCAAUAACCGACCCCGGGUGAGCGCCUUCGCCUCCAUUAGCGUCUCCUUUGUCACGCUAGGCAUUGUUGUCCUCAUCCUCACGGCCAUGUCCAUGUCGUGGCCGCCGCACGCCCGCGCCGUCUACCUUAACUGCCUGGCCUUCACGUACCUCUCGCUCUGGGUGCCGCAGAUCCGGCGCAACAUUUGGCGCAACAGCCGCCGGGCGUUUGCCUGGCGCUUCAUGGUGGGCCAGUCGGUUCUGCGGCUGCUGCCGUUUGCCUACUUUUACCUGCGCCACGACAACAUCCUGUUUGUCGAGCCCGACUCGGUGACGUUCGCCGUCCUGGUCGGCUGGGUUUGGUGCCAGCUGUUUGUGCUUGCUGUGCAGGACGUGCUCGGCCCGAGGUUUGGCAUCCCCAAGGACUGGAUGCCCGAGGUGUGGGAUUAUCACCCUGUCCUGCGGGAGGACAAUGUUGAGGCUGGCGGGUUGCCGAUCGGCUUGGUCUCGUCCGGCGGGUGGGGAAGCGCGCCGUCCUCGCCCACCGCUGCUGUCUCUGAUUUUGCGAGGAAAAGGUCGUGGUCUGACGGCGGCGAAGAGGAUAGUGGUGGUGCUCGCAGGAGAGAGCGAGAGAAGGAGCUUAGGAGGCAUGCGGCCCAGAUCAACACACUACUUCUCGACUGCGACAACACGCUCGUCCUAUCUGAAACGCUUGCUUUUGAAGGAUGCGCCGAGUUGAUCAACGAGAUCGCCGCCAAGAAGAACGUGCCCCUCCCGGCGCCCUUCACGGGCGAGUCGCUCAUCAUCGAGUUCGUCGGCCAAAACUUCCGCGGCAUGAUGCUCUCCCUCCAGCAGCGCUACGGCUUUGAGAUGACACCCGAAGAGCUCGAAACCUACGUCCGCCGGGAAGAGGACGUUGUCAUCGCAAAGCUUAAGGAGAAACUGGUCUCGUGCCCCGGCGUCGAUGCGGUGCUGGAACGGCUUGCUGCCUCUGGCAAGUACAAGCUCGCCGUGGUGAGCAGCUCCGCUCUGCGCCGGGUCAAGGCUAGCGUAGAGAAAGUCGGCCAGGACAAGUACUUUGGUGAGGAUAUCUUCAGCGCCGCAUCGAGUCUGCCCAGGCCGACGAGCAAGCCGGACCCGGCCAUCUAUCUCCACGCCAUGAAGGUGCUGGGGAAGAAACCUGAGGAGUGUGUGGCUGUGGAGGACAGCAAGAGCGGUACCCUAAGCGGUACCCGUGCGGGCAUCAAGGUCAUUGGUUAUGUCGGGCCAUACCAGGAGGCAGAAAGGGAGAAGAUGGUCAAGAUCCUGACCGAAGCUGGCGCAGUGGUGAUUAUGCACGACUGGAGCGAAUUCGACGAGUGUUUGGCCAAGAUUGAGAGUGGGAGUGUCUAG